AUGCCACAUGUAGUGCUGAACGAUGUCAAUAAAUUAUCACUUUUGCGAACGUUGAAAGGUGGACGAUAUCUCAGCGUGUGUUUCCGGUCGUGGAACCUGUACGAAUUUCCUCAGCUGCAAAGCACAACGAAGCAUUCGUGGGCUGUUAAAACAACGUCGCAAUUGGAAAAACCGCGAUAUAGAACCACUAAUGGCGAUGGUACAUUGAAUAACUAUACGUUGUAUCAGAUGCGUAAACCACGAUGUGGUCUCCCUGACAUCUACGAAUGCAAUAUAGGUAGACGUAAAUGGGCGAAAACACAUCUCACGUGGAAUUUCCAGCUAGCGGAUCCACAAACUUUGCAAACUACUGAAUUCGCGUUCUCACUAUGGGCAGCUAAUUCGUCUUUAUCAUUCGAACGUAAAACGGUAAAUCCCGAUAUCUUAAUAUAUUAUCGUAGUGGCACACACACUUACACUGAUCGUAGACGCAACGAAGAAAUUUGCGUCUCUUCGUUAGAUGGACCUGGUGGAGUACUCGCUCACGCGUUCUAUCCUCCUACUGUUGACAAUUACAGCACUGAAAUACACAUAGAUAGUGCAGAACCAUGGCAUAUACAGGGUGUUCGAAAA